GUCCCCUGCUUAAAAGAAAAGAAAAGAAAAAGUAUAUUUCUUUUCAUUGAGAAGAAGAAACAGAAAAACUGGGGAAGUUAAACAAAUAGGGAGAGACCUGUUACAGGUCAUGAGGCCAGUUAAUGAUUAGUGAGACCCAAGUGGGUGUUUAGUGUUCAAAACUGUGAGAGGCUGGGUUAUGAGAUCUCUUUGUCAUUAGGGGUCGGCUUCACCCCAGCUCUGAGACUUCCAGCUCAACGAUGCCCCCAGACCCCUGGGAGGGCUGCUUCUGGUCAUGGGGGCUCCUUCUGUGGCUCAGUGUUGGAAGUACAGGAGAUAUACCUCCUACCCCACAGACAAAGUGCACUGACUUCCAGAAUGCUAAUCUUCUCCGAGGCACCAAUCUCAAAGUCCAGUUUCUCCUCUUCACCCCUUCUGAUCCUCGCUGUGGGCAGCUCGUGGAAGAAAAUAGUGACAUCCAGAACUCGGGGUUCAAUGCCACUCUAGGAACCAAGCUAGUUAUCCAUGGAUUCAGGGCUUUAGGAACAAAGCCUUCCUGGAUUGAUAAAUUCAUCGGUGCCCUUCUGCAGGCAGCAGAUGUUAACGUGAUCGCUGUGGACUGGGUUUAUGGCUCUACAGGUGUCUACUUCUCAGCCGUGGAAAAUGUGGUUAAGCUGGGACUCGAGAUCUCCCGUUUCCUCCGUAAACUCCUGGUGCUGGGUGUGUCAGAGUCCUCAAUCCACAUCAUUGGUGUCAGCCUGGGGGCCCACGUAGGGGGCAUGGUAGGACAUUUCUACAAAGGCCAGCUGGGACGGAUCACAGGCCUGGACCCUGCUGGACCGGAGUACACAAGAGCCAGCCUGGAGGAGCGCCUGGACCCUGGGGACGCCCUCUUUGUGGAAGCCAUCCACACAGACACGGACAAUUUGGGUAUUCGGAUUCCUGUUGGACAUGUGGACUACUUCGUCAACGGAGGCCAAGACCAACCCGGCUGUCCCACCUCCAUUUCUGCAGGCUACAGUUAUCUGAUCUGUGAUCACAUGAGGGCUGUGCACCUCUACAUCAGCGCCCUGGAGAAUUCCUGUCCAUUGAUGGCCUUUCCUUGUACCAGCUACAAGGUCUUCCUUGCUGGACACUGUCUGGAUUGUUUCAACCCUUUUCUGCUUUCCUGUCCAAGGAUCGGGCUGGUGGAACAAGGUGGUGUUAAGAUAGAGCCGCUUCCCAAGGAAGUGAGGGUCUACCUCCUGACCACUUCCACGGCUCCAUAUUGUGGUCAUCAUCUGCCUCCAUGCUUGUGUCUCUGCCCCCUCUUCCAAGAACCCGCUCUUUUCAGCUGUAUUUCUCAGUUACUCUUGGGUCUUGCCGCCCCUCAGAGGUCAGCCUGAGGGAGGACUUCGUCCGGGUCGGAGGCAGGGCUGCUGGGACCAGACACCCCGUUUCUACUUCCAGCUCCAGGGCAGCUUCACAGCGGCUCCUCUCUGUCCGCACAGCCAGGGAGCCUUAGGAACACCUGGAAGUUAAAGGCAUUUUUAGGUCCCUGCUAAGGGUGAUUCACCAAGCCAUACAUUUUCUGACUGUUUCAUUUUUGUUGUGAGACUCCCUCCCCAUUCCCCCAGAAGGAUGGCUGUGUCUAUUUAAAAACCUCAGCAGGCCUGCCUCCUCUGAGCCUUCCGUUCUGAGCAUCAGAGCUGGGCCCACCCUCUCCUGGGGGUGGGGGGUACGGGGCGCCCACCUGGCAGCCCACCUGGCAGCUCCCGCUCUCACCCACUCCCAAGCCAUCAUGGCACUGAGCUCCCAUUACCCAGCACUCUUGGCCUGCAGUCACCCUUGGCCUCUGCCAGGCAGGCACCAGAAUGGACAGAGAAUCUUCUCCAAAAAAUUCAUUUUUCUAACAAUAUUACUUUUCUCUUGUAGAGCAAUGUUUCACCCGAAAUGUUUUCUCCCCAUUACCUCAUUUAAUCCUCAUCAUGUUCUGUGAGGUGAUGUUGGGGGUUAUUGAUUAUAGAUGAAGGAACUGAGGCACGGAGAGGUUCAGUGACUUAGGCAAGGUGAUACAACUAGUAAGCAGCAGGCCUGGCCUUGGACCCAGUUCCCCUGGCAAACCAUCCAGGGCUCAUGUGCUGUUUCCCACGUCAUGUCCCCAAGCAGGUUGGAAUUCACUACCAGCUCCCACCCACCCAACGUUAGCAGACCUGGCCCUCUUAGGGCUUUCAGGGUAAUCAGAGAAGAGAGAAGCAGAACCUCAGGAAAAUUUCUUAAUCAGUGAUACAUGCUGAUAAAGGAAGAAGCGAUAUAAUAUAUCAAACUCAGCCCAGAGAAUUAAAUUCCUAAAGCUAUGUAAGUUAGCCGUUUUUCCACAUUGCAAAUAUCCACUCCAGUUCAGCCCCUGCCCAUCAACAUAACAAUCUGCAUCCAUAAUAAACAACUGAGAAAGAGAGACAGAAGGGACUCGGCAUCUGAUGUUUCGCUCUGUGGAGGGGGGAGCGUGUAGCGCUCUCUUGUCUUCUUGUGGGUUCUUGGCAGUGCGUCCUGUUAUUAACCCCAUGAGGCCCGAUGGACCACAUCACUCCUCCAACUUAGACUGACUCUCCUUAAAUUCACUUAGUCCCUCCUCCCAAUAUUCACCCAUAAAACAUGACAAAUGAAAAAGUACAGGUAGGGCAGAGCUCUAGCUAUGUCCCAACCACCAAAGGAGUCUGUGAAAAUGUUCGGAGACCGAAGUCACUGCAUGGUGCCACCAGAUGGGCUUACCCCUUAAUAAGGAAAGGAUGGGGUGCUGGGGAAGCUGUAAUCCUUCUUAACCUCUCUUGCCAAAGGGACAGCAGGUCUUGGGAUAUCACCGUGAACCAGGCUGCUCAGACAGUCUGUGUCGACAGUACCAGCUUUGAGAGCCUCAGUGUCUGUGCUGCCCAAGCGGGUGGAGAUGCCACACAGGCACCCAGCCACCACAGGGAGGGCAGUAGUCAGCUCCUGCACACAUGGUGGGUUCCCCGACACAGGGUGUAUGCUAAGGGGGGGAGGGGCGUUGCUUUAUUUUAUGAGUUAAUUGUUUAGUAUAAGAUAGACCCUUUUUGGUUCUUUCAAAAUCACACCAUCAGGAUAAUGUCACUUGUUGGUAACAAAGAGUGACACAGUGCCAAAGAGUGGCACAUUCUAGGAUUACAAGUAAUAAUAAAAACUAUCAUGUAUUGAAUGAUUCCUAGGCACAGGCACUGUCUAAGGACUUUAUAUGUAUUAACUCAUUUAAUUCUCAUUCAGACCUGUGGGGUAUGUAAUUUUAUUAUCCCAAUUGACACUAGAGGAAGCUGAGAACCUGCGACAACAGGUAAUCUGCUCCAGGUCACACAGCUGCUAAGAGCUAGAGUGAGGUUUCCUAACUGCCCUGCUGCUCUCUGGGACAUUUUGUGCAUUGCACCCGCUGACCUCUGGCCCAGUUGUCUGCUCUGCUUUGGU